AUGCGAUCAAAAGCGGAUUGGGUUGAGCUUAUAAGACAGACAAUAGGCGGAUUGGAUGAAAGCGUUAUAGCCAUUAUUAAUGUUAUCCAUACGUUUAUAACAACAAUUGAUCACGAGACGAUCUAUUCGAAUAUCCCUAGAACGAAAGGAAUAGUGUUAUCGGGUAAACCAGGAACGGGCAAGACUGCUCUUGCUUUGCGAAUAGCCGAAACUUCAGAAUUGCCAUAUUAUGUUGUUAACUGUCCUGAUCUAUUCAGAGUUGACGAAGGGGCUGCUGAGAAGCAUCUAAUACAAAAGUUUGCAGAUGCUCUGCAAAAUCGUGUAUCCAUCCUCAUUAUGGACGAAAUUGAUAUAAUAGCUGAUCGAUCCGUAUGUCGGCGACCAGACAUGGAGGCCAAGCUAUAUUCAAUUUUCAUUAAAGCGAUCGAUUCAUUGAAUGGCACUACGAGUGACGGUCGAUUAUCGAAUCAAGUAUUUAUAAUAGGACUGACCAAUAGACUCAAUGUGAUCAGUGAAAGUCUUUUGCGUUCUGGGAGACUGGAUCGUGUCUUUGAUCUCGUGAUUAGAACGCCAGAACAGAGACUAAGGAUUCUCGAAAUAAUGACCAAGAAGAUUCCAAUGUGCAACGAGGAUCGCGAGUCGAUUCUAUCACAUGUCAGUCGAACAACUCAUGGAUUCGUUGCUUCUGAUUUGGGAUAUCUUUGUUCACAAGUCGUUAUGCAACUAGUCAAUGAUGCAGCGAACUCAUCUAAUCCAGGAGAGGUGCUUGCAACAAAAGAUCGUUUUUAUGAUUUGCUUCAAACAGUAAAGCCAUCAGGGAUAAAUGAAUUUCAAACAAAGAUUCCAUUGGUUCGCUUCUCGGAUAUUUAUGGUCUUGAUGACGUCAUUGAAGAAUUGAAGAUUGAUGUCAUCGCACCGUCUCGCGGAACGAAAUUAACAUCAGAGAACACAAGUGAUCGAACAGUAACUUGUUUAUUGACUGAAAUGGAUGGUAUUUUUUCAACUAGUCAACCAAGUAAUACAACCAUUGAUGUGCUUGUAAUUGCUGUUACUAAUCGACCACAUAUUUUGGAUCAUGCAAUAUUAAGGCCUGGUCGUUUAGAUCAACACGUAUACAUUGCUCCGCCUGACAUUGAGCAACGUCAAGCAAUAUUUGCAGAAAAGUUCAAGACGACUCCUGCUUCAAUUUCGGACGAACAGAUGGCCGAUUUAAUACAAGCUACUCAAGGAUAUUCAGGUGCUGAUAUAGACAAUAUCUGUCGCGAGGCUGCUCUGAUAAGUCUAAAAGAGAAUAUCGAUGCAGAACACAUUACAUAUGCACACUUGGAGACGGCGCGUAGUUCGUGUAAACCCUCUUUGUCAGGAUAUCAAGAAAAAGUGGGAAAACACUUCAAGAAGGCAAUUCAGGUCUCAUUUGAAAGUGACAUUGAUGAUGAACAAUUCAGGCUCUUUUGUGAAAAGUACAAUACUGUAGACAUUCACCCAGUAACAUCAAUGGACAUAAGUGAGCAGAAGUUUAUUAUAUACCACAUUGCACCACUUUUCAAAUUCUAUGAGACAACCUUUGGAACAGUAAAAUUUGAGUGGAUUGAAACACAUGAGCGGGCUACAAAGAUGGCAAAGUCAGAGACAAACUCUGGAAUGGUCAAAGUGGAUGCAAAGGGAGUUCGCCUGUCUGAUAAUCAAGAAGUUUGGCAUCUUGAAGUGGCUGGGCCACCUUUGCAUCCCACUACAGAUCACACUGUUGGAGAUGCAAAAAAAACACUUAGGACAGACAUCUUUAAUUUGGUGUCAUUAUUGAAGAAUCAUUUGGAUUGUAAGAUUGAGCUUGCAGUUAAGUUGAAGGUGUUUAGUAGUCUUGUUGUAGAGAACAGGCUAACUUUAUAUUCAAUGAAUAUACUUGAAAAUGGGGAAUUUUUUGCAACUGAGUUGGCCACUGUUACCAUACCUUUUACAUUCAGUAGCCAUACAAAAUACAAUAGAAUUCUCCGCUUAAUGGCCAUAUUUCAUGAUGAAUUGGUGAAACAAGAUGCGAUUUUAGAUGAGAUGGAUCAGGAAGUGCUGUUGCUUGAAGGCAAAUCUGACUGGAUUCUCGAUCGAGGUGAUACUUGCGGGCUCCCGGACGAGCGAAUGGGUAACAAUCCAAAGAUCAUAAGUGGUGUCUACAUACUUCAAAAAGUUUUAAAGGGCAAAGCACAUAUCGGAGUUACAGGAAAUCUGAGCCAUCGGCUCGCCCAGCAUAACCAUGAAGCAUAUGGUAAUAAUGAAGCAGGUUACUUGGGCGGCAAAUGGAGGCCUGUUCUGGCAAUAACGGGUUUCGAUACUCAUAAGGAAGUAGAAAAUUUUGAAGCUCUCCUUCGUGAUCGGGUACAAGCUAACAUUACAUCCCGUCUUGAACUUGAGGAAUGUAGUGGAGAUGAAAAGUGGGAAAUGAGAAGAACUGACAGAAAGUAUAUUCUUUAUUGGAUGGUUGCGGAUGAGUUACAGUUGGCACAACUGAGGAAAGGGUGGGGAACAAAGGAUAGGGUCGUUGUGCACGAAGAUUUGGAUCCAGAUGUGUUAACGCAGUAUAAGCCAGCUCCUCGUCUUGCGGGAAAGAAAUUUUUUAAAUAUCAGCGUACAGAAGAAAUAAAAUGA